UUUUUUUUUUUCUUUUCUUUAUCACUCUUUUCUUCAUUAUUAUUAUUAUUUCCUCGUACUUAUAUAAAUAGCUUUACAAUGUCUAGAAAUAUACAAGGAAAAACACACCAAUUCAAGCUUGUCCUCUUAGGUGAAUCUGCUGUAGGUAAAUCUAGUUUGGUAAUGCGAUUUGUGAAAGACCAUUUCGAUGAAUAUAGGGAAAGUACUAUUGGAGCUGCGUUUUUAGCACAAACCAUUGCUUUGGACGACAAUACUGUGGUGAAGUUUGAAAUUUGGGAUACCGCUGGUCAAGAACGUUAUAAGAGUUUGGCACCAAUGUAUUAUCGAGGUGCAAAUUGUGCUGUAGUAGUAUAUGACAUUACACAGGCGUCUUCUUUGGAAAAAGCUAAAUCAUGGGUGGAUGAAUUACAACGUCAAGCAGAACCUGAUAUCAUCAUUGCUCUUUGUGGGAACAAGACUGAUCUUGAAUCACGUAGGGUAGUGGAAACAGAGACUGCUCGUUCUUAUGCUGAAGAAAAUGGUUUAUUGUUUAUGGAAACAUCAGCUAAAUCGGCUCACAACGUCACAGAAUUAUUCACAAUGAUUGCCAAACGAAUGCCUCUAGAUCAACAAACUGAAUUGACUCGGGGUGGAGGCAGACGUCUGAAUAUUAGAAACGGUAUAGAUUUGGAUCAAUCUUCUUCCAGUGACAGCUGUGCUUGUAAGUUGAUAUUGAUACAUUGACAUAUGACCCUUUUCAUUUUUCUUAUUGUUUCCUUUUUUGUAUUGAAUAUCUUUAGGUUAAUGCACACGUCAUGAACUUUUUAUAAUAGUAUAACUACUCUCCUUUUUUUUUUGUUUCUCUUUUACCUCGUAUACAAUUCAUUCUUUUUAUAUUAUACUUACUCCCGAUAAUUUUUACUAUCGUUCUACUCUAUUAAUAUUAUCCUCCCCCUGAAUAAACACACUCUUACUACGUUGAACUUU